AAGUCAUUUGAAGGUUGUUUCCUGGUCAGUAACGUGAGCGAGCCCCAAAACACAUGCGAGAAACAAACGUCGAUAGAGUACGCAGCAUGGAGUUUGAAGUGCAAUCAGAAUCGCAGGACAAUAGCAAGAAACAAAAGAAAAAAAUGAAAAAUGCAAAGAUACCAAACAAACUAAAACCGGAGGCUGUUGAAAAGGACGCUAUCAAAGAAUCCGAAAAUGCGAAUACACAACCAGAAAUAUCCUUUCCCCCAACAUUCAGCGUGUCAGAAAUAAAAAACAAACAACGACGACAUUUUAUGUUCAUGAAAUACAAACAGGAAAAACGAAAAGAAAAGCUGGCUUUGAAGAAGAAAACGAAAAAGGAGAGAGAAGCCCUUGGCGACGCGGCACCGCCAAAGCCAGUCCCUAAAACUAUAGAAAACCAGAGGAUUUAUGAUGAAACCACAGUGGACCCAGAGGAUGAAGAGGUAGCUUUUGAUGAGGGAACAGAUGAGUUUUCAGCUUACUUCAACAAACUGACAAAUCCAAAGGUCCUCAUUACCACCUCAGACAGACCUAGAGGGAGGACGGUGAGAUUCUGUGAACAGCUUGCUACUGUCAUACCAAAUGCACAUGUGUAUUACAGACGAGGUCUUGCUUUGAAGAGGGUUAUCCCUCAGUGUAAAGCCAGAGAUUUUACGUUUCUCAUGGUGGUAAACGAGGACCGUAAGAUGCCCAAUGGUCUUGUUCUUUGCCAUCUUCCGGAUGGACCAACUGCACAUUUCAAAGUAAGCAGUGUUCGACUCCGCAAGGAAAUGAAGAGACGAGGCAAAGACCCAACAGAGCAUUCUCCAGAGGUGAUAUUAAACAACUUUACAACACGUUUGGGUCAUAGCAUUGGACGGAUGUUUGCUGCACUCUUCCCUCAUGAUCCACAGUUCAUCGGCCGGCAGGUUGCAACAUUCCAUAAUCAGCGAGACUUCAUCUUUUUCAGAUUUCACAGGUACAUCUUCAAGAACGAGAAGAGAGUUGGCAUUCAAGAGCUAGGACCACGCUUUACACUUAAACUCCGCUCUCUCCAAAAGGGAACCUUUGACUCCAAAUUCGGAGAGUAUGAAUGGGUUCACAAGCGGCAUGAGAUGGACUCCAGCAGAAGGAAGUUCCAUCUCUGAGUAUGGAUCCUCUCUCGCAUCAGGCCACAUCCAUGUUAAUGUCUUUUUUUUUUUUAAAUAUACAUUUGUAUUUGAAAACCUGGACAAUUGUGAAUGAACACAUAUGGAAAAACGUGAAUCAUUCAAAUAAGUAACUGACCAUAGGUCUACCUAUUCUAAGGCUUGUAAAUUAAAUGGCCAUGUAUCUAUUCAAUUAGCAUUUUAUUUGCCUAUUGUAAAAGUUCAGUGAAGAAUAUUGCCAAAAAAGAAUUCAUUCAGAAUUAAAAGGCACACAUUUAAAAUCAGUCUUCUCCUCAGUUUAACAUACAAUAUCAAUGCAAAGUAUUAAGUUCUGCAUAAUUUUUUCUUUUUAAUAUUGGCAGGUGUAAUGGUAUUUUAAAUAAGGUAUAGUGCUGACACUAGCUGGUUUGUAAUCAACACAGUUGUGUUCAAAUAAAUAGCAUUGCAUUAAGUGAAUAAAGUGCAAAUAUUUUAA